AAAAAAAAAGGGGGGGGGGGGUUCCACUUUCAGCGUGACCAUGGCGAGAUUUGCGUGACAGUUACCAAUUCAUCUGUUACUGUUACUGGCCGAUACAGCCAUUGCGGGAAAGAGAAAGACCAUGGAUUUUGAAGUACCCUAACCCUAGCCGAAGCUAAUAUACAAAAUUUUGCAGCUCUGUAUUGGCUCCGUGGCGUAUGUGUCAGAUACCCUGCCAUGAACAGUUGAAGAUGCUUCUAAAAUGUCAUUCAUGACGGUGCCUUUCAGAGGCUGAUCGGAGACGGCCAAACCAUCGCCGGCUACAGUCUCUCUCUCUCUCUCUCCGUAAUGAAUUUGAUUUCCUUUGAAAAUUACGCUUUCUUAGGUUUUAAAUUUUAUUAUUAACUGACGUUGUUUGACUUUUACCAUUUAUAUAUAUAUAUAUAUAUAUUCUCUGUCUUCUUUCAUCGGAUUGUUGAUUCAGAAUCGACGCUUCGUCUUGCGGUGAGGCCUAGGUGAAGCGAUCGCGGAACCUUCUUUCAUGGCAUUGGCUUGGAAAUACAGCCAAUACGAGAUGAUCUGCUGGACGUGAAGCUUCUAUUCUUUUACGGUGCAAACAAUCAAAAGAGACGGGGUGGGAGACAAUGGAACCCACCGGUCUAAUUAUUGGACGUGAACGGUAUGAUCGGAUGAAGGAAGUUAUAGACUUUGACAACUCCAAGAUCGGCGUCAAAGGUCUUUCCGAUUCCGGCAUAACCACCAUUCCAAAGUUCUUUGUACACCCUCCAGAGACACUCUCUGACCUCAAGAAAUCAUCUUCAUUCGGUAGUGAAAUCCCAGUUAUUGAUCUUUCUAAUCUACACUGCCAGACCAACAGAGAAAAGAUCAUCAAAGAAGUCCGAGAAGCUGCAAAAACCUGGGGAUUCUUCCAAGUGAUCAACCAUGGCAUACCGCUUGGAGUUCUUGAUGACAUAAUUCUUGCCAUCAAAGCAUUCCAUGAGGAGCCAAAGGAGGCGAAGGCCAAGUACUAUUUACGUGGAAAGGGAAAUGGUGUGAGGCUUGUGAGCAAUGUGGACUUGCUCCGAUCGAAGGCAGCGUGCUGGCGGGACACCUUGAAUGUGUGGAUGCCAGUGCAGGCAGAGGAGAUUCCGGAGGUUUGCCGGCGAGAGGUGCUGGAGUGGGACGCGCAGACAAAAAAGGUUGCUGAGGUUGUAAUGGAUCUUCUUUCUGAAGGGAUGGGGCUGGAGAGUGGGAAGUUGGUGCAGUUAGGUUGUUUGAGUAGUAGAGUGAUUCUGGGCCACUGCUAUCCUCACUGUCCACAGCCUGAUUCAACUUUGGGGCUGAAUUCCCACACUGAUGUUGGGACUCUUGCAGUUUUGGUGCAGAAUCAGGUUGCAGGAUUGCAGGUUAAGCAUGGAGAGUAUUGGGUGGAUGUGAACCCUGUCCCUGGUGGUUUGAUCGUUAACAUUGGAGAUCUUCUUCAGAUUAUCUCUAAUGGCAACUACAACAGCUUUCAACAUCGUGUUCUGGCCAAUGCCUCAAAGGAACUUCGCAUCUCUGUUGGCCAAUUCUUCAGCCUCGACAAUUCAAACGAAUGUGCUUGCUUUGGACCUUUGCCGGAGUUGGUGUCACCUGACAAACCAGCUCUAUACCGAAGCUUCACAAUAAGAGAUUUCAAUGAGAACUUCUACAGCAAGGAGCUGGACAGCAAGUCUCUGGUAGAGAAGCUCAGGAUCUGAGCCUAAACAGGUUAUUAACAUAUUCCCAGAGCCAACAUAUUGCAAUGUCCUUGUAUGUUAUCUGUGUUUACUCAACAAAUGCACAUGUAGUGUAGGAAGUUGGGUUCAAGAGAUUCUAAUUGUUAGUUGUAUGUGUUGUUAUGUCGGGUUAAGGACUAAUGUUUCAUUUUUUCUUAGAGAUAAUAUGUGAACAAAGGAAAUAUACAUGGCCAUGCCUAAGACUGCCUUUGUUA